AUGCCGGCGGAGGAGCUUCUGAACAUUCAACCAGUCAUCAGGAGCAUCAUUCAGAACAUCAUCAGGGACAAGAGAGUCAUGGGAAUAACGAACAUCAUGGCAGUCAUGAACAACAUGAAGGUUGCGCGAGACAUCGAGGAUUACGAGAAGUACCUUCGCGAGUCAAGCGACUACAGCUAUGAGCGAGAAGAGCGCGACAGGAGAUCCGGAAUCGAGCCCAACAUGCACAACACUGUCCCGCAGCGUUACCCUCAUAGCGACGGAGCCGACCUCGGAGACAACUGGAUCUCGGGCUUCGACCAGCAGCACAAAGACGGGACUGGGGACAGGUUCAGAUCUCCCAGGGACCCGAGGAGCGCGUCGCCUUUCUCGGAGGCAGGAGCGUUCUUCGGCCAGGCGGACCGAGACAGGACAGACCCGCUCUACAGCAAGGACGCCCGACUGUCCGAGGCGGACAAGGAGAGGCUGCAAGACCAGCGGCUGCUGCAGUUCGCGCACUCGGAGUACGGGUCGGACCACAAGUCUCCGCUGGAUCCUGAGCUGCUCAAGAUGGUGUGGGGAGACGCCGCACAGUACAUGCAGGACUCGUACGGGUAUCCCUCGGACUCGUUCCCGUCUACGAGGCAGAUGAAGAAGCAGCUGAUGAACACGGUGACGAAAAGCGUGCUGGAAGCUCGAUACGACCGCAAGAAAGGGUUUCCCAGGGUCACGCCGCUUGUCGAGCGAUGCAGGCGGACGUGCAGCCGAUGUCCGUUGAAGGAGGUGCUCGAGCGGAGGCACACAGCUUGCAAGGCACCAGACUGCAGGCCAGGCAAGUGCUCCAAGAGCGACGACCCGUUGACGAAGCAGAUCGCCAGGGGAUCUCUCAACGGGAAGGCUGAUCCGUUCGGCUUCCAAGGGGAGCUUGAAGACGAGGAGCUGCCGGAGGAGUUGGUGGCCCGGACUCUUCAUCGUUCUGGCGAGCCCAUCACCGACACCUUUGUCAAUGGCUGGGACAUGCACAACGGAGGCGACUUCAUGACGAGGGAUUAG